AUGUUUUGCAUGUUUCUCGUCGACUCGUCGCUCGCCUCCACCUCACAACAGCUUGAUCCCACACCAACCGGCUCCACCACUACGGAUUUAUCCGGCUAUCAUCGAAUGCGACUACGAGCACACCGACGACGUCAUCGCUUGAAGCACACGGAUGCACGAGAAAUCGAUGAGCUUGCCGAAAUGCUCUCGAAAAAUGAGGAAAAAACACGUAAAAUAAAGAAUACGGAAACGCGACGAGAAAGAAAUGAGGAAUUGUGUGCGGUGGAUCGGGAAACGAUCGAGUUGAAUAAUGAUCUCUUUGAAUUCGAUCCGCCAUUCAUCGAGCACGUACGAUGCAAGAAUGUCGCCGAGUACGAGAGAGGAGCACGGGAUCGCGUUGAGGAACAGACGUGUGUGCACGGGUUAUUGCGAUGUGUGCAAAAGUAUGCAGAGCGUCACGUGAGUCGUCGUGCUCGGAGCUCCACUUUUUGGUAUCCGUACACGGUGAUCGACGUGCCGAUGAGUUGCGAUUGUAUGUGGCCCGUCGAUCGAUACGGACAUCUCGAGCUC